CACUGUGCACGGGCCUCGGUCAACUUCGGAGUCACCAGGACCGUGCUCAUCAACCAGUGUUGCACCACCGACCUGUGCAACAGCCUUCCCGUGCCGGCACACGUGGCAAGACGACACAAUGAAGAUCGGAACGCGUCCUCUUUUUUUCCUCGUCUUUUUCCCCGAAGUUGUCAGAGCAUCGACUUGGACCGUUGAGGUGCCGUCUACAGUCGAAGGACUCCCCGGGUCUUGCGUGGUGAUUCCCUGCUCGUUCAACUAUCCCGAUCCCCCGGGGGCCAUCGGCAAGUUCACCGGGAUUUGGAUGGAGGCCGCGCACCAUCCCGUCUACCACCCCGUCGGCUCAAAGAUAAUGCAAGAGUACCUCGGUCGGACCGAGCUGGUGGGAGACGUCAGACACAAGAACUGCUCGCUCAAGAUCGAUCCUCUUCGACCAAGCGACCGAGGCCCUUUUCAUUUCAGGGUUGAGUUGAAAAGCUAUCAAAUGUUCUCUUACAAAGACAACACCGUCUCCAUAAAUAUGGCACACACUUUAAGUCCCGUCAAGUUAACGGUGACCGAAAACGCAGCCGAUCCGACUUUGACCGCUUCCUGUUCCGUCACCCAUUCGUGUCCCGCCUCUCCUCCCGUCUUCUUCUGGAGUCACUCGGGACGCCGACAUGAGCAUUCGCGACCGCUGGUGGACGGCCAGUGGGAAGCCACGUCCACGUUGACUUUGCAUCCCGCCCAUGCCAAUAACGACAGCCAUUUGCUUUGCCACGUCAAAUUCAAGGGAGGCCAACGUCAGGAAGCGUCCCGGAUCAUAAAUGUCCAAUACGCGCCCGUGAACGUCGCCGUCGACUACGAGGCCAACGUGCAGGAGGGCGGGGCGGUGCGUCUGAGGUGCAGCUCCGACGCCAACCCCCCCGCCAGCAGCUACGAGUGGCAAAACGACCGCGGCGCUCAGCUGCACAGGGGCGGCGUCUUCAUUCUGACAAACGUCUCCAGGCACGCGGACGUCCUGUACUGCGUCGCCGUCAACGCCGUCGGCAGAGCGACGUCGUCGCCCGUGCGGCUUGACGUGACACACGCUCCCGAGAUCAGGAGCGUCUCGGGCUGCUCGUCUGACGGGGAGACGGUGAAAUGCGUGUGCAUCGCGGAGUCCAGACCCCCCGGCGACGUCCGCUUCCUCCUGGCCGACGCGGUCCUGCCGGGGCCCGCCGUGGAGCGCCACGGCGCCAUCACCAUCGGCACGCUGCGGGCUUCGCUUCCUCCUGCCGAGUUCGUCUACUGCGUGGCCAACAACACCGUGGGCAGCGCCAGCGCCGCCAUCGCUUUACCCGUUCGCAUCAAGAUGCUGUAUUUUUAUAUAACUGCAGCUGGAGCUGCUGUGAUCGUGACGAUUCUCUUCAUUGUGAUUGUAAAACAGUGCAGGGCGAGACGGAGGGACGCGCCGAGCCCAGAUCCUCGGCGUCAACCCGGGAACUCCCUUCAAACUAUCACGGGAGCGAGGAAAAACAUCGCGUGUUGUGCAACGCACAGCAACAGGUACAGUGAUCACGUUUACGGCAACAUGUAUGAGGCCGAGUCGAUAGACUGUCAACCGGUUUACGCCAAUCUGUGAAACGGACCUCAAGUAAAGAACGGCCGCGUUGUCUUUUCUACUUGUCUUGUUGUGUAUGUUUCGACAAAUGUUUAAUAUUUUCAGUGCAGGCGGCAAGGUAGAUCACCUGAAAAACCGUUGGCCUCACAGUUCUGAGGUCCCGGGUUCGAUCCCGGCCCCGCCUGUGUGGAGUUUGCGUGUUCUCCCCGUGCCUGCGUGAGUUUUCUCCGGGGACUCCGGUUUCCUCGCACAUCCCAAAAAACAUGCAACAUUAAUUGGACCCUGUAAAUUGCCCCAAGGUGUGAUUGUGAGUGCGGCUGUUUGUCUCUAUGUGCCGUGCGAUUGGCUGGCAACCAGUUCAGGGUGUAACCCCGCCUCCUGCCCCGGUGACAGCUGGGAUAGGCUCCAGCACUCCCCGCGACCCUCGUGAGGAUGAGCGGAAAAGAAAAUGGAUGGAUGCAUGGAUUUUCAGUGCAGGUAACACAGUUUUUUUUUGUGUGUGUAGCAUUUGUGAAUAUCCCUGUGAUUGCUGCAUUUAUUUGUCAAUUGUACUGUGCAUGAGUGCCUCAAUUAAAAGAGACGUAUUAUUCAAUUGUGCCCAAUUUCAAACAGUUGCCAGGUUUAAAAAAAAAAAUACAAAUAAUGGUCGCUGGCUGACAUUAUUUCGUCAAGUUAACAUACGGUAAGGAAUGAAAUUACGUUUCACGUUCACAUAAUUGUGGUUCAAAUCACUCCAUUUUGGUGAAGUGGUUCUGUCUCUCGCUGUUGGCUUUCGGUGAGUAAUUAUGAUUAUGAGUAAUCAAGGUUGCAGAACAUGAGUAAGUGGCGUAUUGGGAAAGCAUACAAUGAAUAAUGGGGAGUUUCUGCUAAUCACGGUGGCUAGUUUCCUCCCACAAAUGCACGUAUCCAUGCUUUUAUCUCAAGAAGACUUGACUAUUGUAACGGUCUUCUGAGUGGACUCUCCAAAAAGAGCAUGAAGCAGCUGCAGCUCACUCAGAAUGCUGACGUACACGGAAAAGUAGAAAUGAUUUCCCCGCAUAGUCAUUAGGGCAGGAGUCAUCAACCUUUUUGAGGCUGAGGGCUACUUGGUGAGAACUGAUUGUACGAAGGGCUACAUGACUUGUUUGCAGAAAACGUCAGUCAUAGUUCAUUAUACAUACAUAAAAUAUUUUGGUUUUAAUUGCUUUGUAUGGUGUGACUUUACAGGUAUUUUAAAAAUGUAAAUCGCAAAAGCAAGUCAGAUUCAAAAUUUAAAGCUGCGGUAUUUUUAGAACAUGCCUCGCGGGCGCCUUAAAUUGUCCUUGCGCCCGCGGGCACCGCGUUGGUGACCCCGCAUUAGGGAGGAUUAGAGAAUGAAAUUCAUUCAAAUCAAGGGAAUACAUUGAAAUCAUUCGCUCAUUCGCUACAAUCUAAUCACUGCAAUAUGAUUUUUUUUUUUGUAAUGGGUCGCUCAUCGGACAAAUGAAAAAUACUUUUCACUCGUACACUACUCGGGAAGAGUUGAGUAGUCUUUUAACUGUUCAGAAGUUAACAGAUCACAUUCAAAUUUUUGACCGAAUGGAAAUCACACACAGCUGGCAUCAUGUCAACUUUGAAAUGGAAAAAAAAAAUGUCAUCAGCACACGCUCGGGCACAAGAGAAACACGAUUUGGUUCAUCCGCUGAAAUGACUGAAUGAAAAAGCUCUUUGCUGACCGGAGUUAUCGAUAAAGUGCAUGCGAGAGAGCGAUCGGGAGAGAGAAAAAAAUUCAUUUUUGAGUGACAUGUGACCAUUAAAAAGCGCUAAUGUAAAAACACCUGAAACUUACUGCACGGUGUUUUCUCAAGUACGAAGUGCGCUGAAAUAUACAAGUAAGUCCAGGCAGUGACAAAAACAUCGACAUUUUCACUUCCAUGCAAACACAAGUUGCAAUAAAUCCAAACCUCUGUGCAGGUACCUGUUUUUUUUUUUUUUUUUUUUUUUUUUUUUUUUUUUUUGCUGUCCUGCUCUGUGCAGCUUGCUUGUGUGUUUGUUUUGUGUGUGUGUAGCGCACUAGUUACCUUUGCUGGUAACUCGUUCAUUUAACAAUGGAGCCACUCAAUUAGUUUUUGGGAAAAGUAACUAGUAACUACAACCAAUUACUUUUUUCAAAGCACUGGUUAUUGCUGUAGCAUAAUUACAUCAUACCAGAUCAACGUCAGCAUUGCGUUUCUGACUGGAUUAAAAAACAAACCAUUUUAUAUCCUUUUGUUUUCUCGUGUUUCAACGGAAAUGAAAGAUAUUUUUGCGCCACAACUCGCGUGCCUAAAAUCAACAAUUCCCCAGAAAUGGAAAUAAUGCAUCAUGGGCAUACAGCAAUGCACUCACCAGCCUAGCAUACUCUACUAAAGCAUACAUUUUAAGCAAAAAUUUAAUAUAUUUGUCAAGUUAUUUAAUGAUUAAAACUAUUUCAACUACACAUUUAUUUCUACUAUGCAGUUUAUCAUCAGAAAAGCUAAAAAAAAAAAACCCGCUUUAAAAAAACUAUUUUAAGCUUGGAACGCAUUAUUUCAUUUUCCAUUCAUUGUAAUGGGAAAACACUCUUUGGAUUUCGAACAUUUCACUUCUCAACCGGCCUUCUGGUACGGAUUGUGGUCGAGAACUGAGGGACUACUGUAUUGUUUUUUUCGUGACCAUCGUUUGAAAACGCCUUUCAAAAAAAGUUACAUUUAAUCUCACACUUGGUGAGUGAGCAGGCUGUUUGUAUAUCAAUGUUGAAUUAAAACAAAAAAUAAAUUGAUUUUUUUCACAAUAUCGUCUCUAACUUUGUAUUUAACUUCGCACAAUCAAAGGAGUACUCGGGUCAGAAUUUUGCCUCAAAAUGUACUUUUGGAUCUCAAAUUUAUGAUUAAUCGUGUGUGUUUCGCUUAGUUGUGUUUUGUCUAUGUUGUUUUUUUGGGAGGGCUCGCAACACUUUUU